UGGACCAAUCGUGGUCUUAGCCAGUCAAAAAGACCAACCCAAAGAAAAAAAAGACGGAGCAUCGCGCAGUUUUAAUUUUGUUUAAUUCGUGAUAUUCUCACAAAUACCUAAAAAUUAUUACUGAUUUAUUUUGUAAGUCAAACCCUUCGGAAUGGAUUUCCAAAACCGUGCCGGUGGUAAAACCGGUGGCGGAGGCCCUGCCUCCUGGUCGGAAAGCAACCGUGACCGACGAGAACGUCUUCGGCAACUCGCCCUGGAAACCAUAGAUCUGAACAAGGAUCCCUACUUUAUGAAGAACCAUUUGGGUUCAUAUGAAUGUAAACUUUGCUUGACGCUGCACAACAAUGAAGGAAGCUAUCUGGCUCACACCCAGGGCAAGAAACAUCAAGGUAACCUAGCCCGUCGUGCGGCCAAGGAAGCAAAGGAAGCUCCAUCCAGUAUGCAACCGGAGAAGCCUCGAAUCGAGCCGAAAAAGUUUGUGAAAAUUGGUCGCCCCGGUUAUCGGGUCACGAAGCAGCGCGAUUCCGACAAUGGUCAGCAGUCGCUGCUGUUCCAGAUCGAUUACCCGGAAAUAACCGACGGCAUCAUUCCGCGGCAUCGUUUCAUGUCGGCCUACGAGCAGAAAAUCGAACCCCCGGACCGUAAGUGGCAGUAUUUGCUGUUUGCGGCGGAACCGUACGAGACGAUCGCCUUCAAAGUACCCUCCCGCGAGGUGGAAAAGACCGAAGGCAAAUUCUGGACGCACUGGAACAAGGACACCAAGCAGUUCUUCCUGCAGUUUUCGUUCAAGCUGGAACCGAAAAUCAUUCCACCGCCGCCGCCGAAUAUGCGCGUACCGCAUCCCGGUCGGCCAAUGUUUAAUCCGGUCCCACCACCGCCGAUGGGAAUGGUACCCGUUCCUCCUCAUAUGUAAGUACAAAUGGUGAAAACAACAACUCUUUCUAGCAAUAUAACUAUUUGUACGUGGUAAA